GCAGUAACCUAUUGUUAGCUUAUGACAGCAUGUGUGUCACUUUCUGCUAUUCUCUCCAAGUCAGAAAGCCAGCAUUAGCGUUGCAAUAGUAUAAUAUUUGCACGCCAACCCCAUCUUUUGUUGCCUUCAAAACUUCCACAGUUUCCACUCUUCAUUUGUGUUGUAGUAACUUGUGAUGAGCCUGAAAAGCAGUGAAAGGAAAAUUAUGAGAAGGGGUUUCAUGUGUCGCUCUCAGGCUUCAACAGCUGUGUGCAUGAGUACUCGUGACCCUCGAUCUGUAGUUGUGCCUAAGAAGCUUGAAAGAAGAGUGUUUCUUGAUGAUACAAGGUUGAUCAACUAUGCCAAGUACUCCAAACUUGUUGAACCUCCAAGGUCUAAUCCAGUUCCAAAGAUCAAGCUUAGAGGGCAGGAUCAGGUUCAAGCCAAUGAACCAAGGGAACUUCUGAAAACACAGACAGAUAAUAAUGUCUUUCAGGUGGUUGUGAUGCGGGUUGCAAUUCAUUGUCAAGGAUGUGCUGGAAAGGUGAAAAAACAUCUGUCUAAGAUGGAAGGAGUUACAUCAUUCAGUAUAGAUGUAGAAUCUAAGAGGGUGACAGUGAUGGGGCACAUUUCACCAGUAGAAGUCCUUGAGAGUAUUUCAAAGGUGAAAAGAGCAGAGUUCUGGACUGCUUGUUAAAGCACUUCAGAGUACCUUAAAAGGGAAGCACAGAAGAUGCAGAACUAGAGUCAAAAAGUUAGAAAAUUACCUCAGCCAUCUCAUUUGUUAACAUCUUUUAUAUGGUGGUGGACCUGGUGGUCCUCAACACAAUAAAAUUAGGGAAGGGGGUGGGUAGAAAUCUGCUCAAGUGACUUGAUUCUGGUGGUGAUGUUCAAUGACAAUUUAAUGGUAUCUACCCCCCAUUUCCACUUUGCAGUUUUCUUUCUUUUAUGGCAUUCUAAUUAUAGUUGCAAUGCUUAAAA